CCAAAUACAUAGCACACUUCAUAUCCACCACUUCUCUUAAAAAGUCCAUCUUCCACCAUGCUGUUUUCCUGCUAACAUCCUGUUGGCGACCUUUGCUCGUCGAGCUCCAGCUUGUUCUUGACUUUGUCUAUAGCGACAUGCAUACCCCCUCAUCCUCGACAUCUCGCCCUCGUCCUAUUCUAAAGCAUCAACAAACAACUCCGAACUAUAGUCGUGUCGUUGGGUCACCAGAACGACUUCAUGUCGUUCACUUCCCACCAUCCCCGGCUUUGACUCGAACCUAUUUGGCAUACCCCCCUUCUACCUAUGACCGUUCUCCCAUUGUUGUGGCACCAAAUACAUGUGCUCUACCUGAGCGCGGGUGCCCUGGACGUACUUAUACCCUGGACGAGGAACGUCCAGCGGGCUCGUCAUCUUCUUCGAAACCUUUACAACACGGCAUUCACCUUCAUCCUCGUGCCGUGCUUAAGCAUCAAUCUCAAGUUUCGCCCUCAAAUCAGGGUGGUAUUGAUGAUGGGUCGCCAUACACUCCUUGGCGCAGCUCCCCAACACAGCCUCCUUUGAUUCUUGACCUCUCUUCGGGGUCGGACGAGAGUGAUGGUUCUCCCACAGAUUCACAUAAUGCUUCUUUGAAACCCGCUCCGUCAAUACCAUGGCCCCCCCGUGCUCUAGGGGAUCCUAAUGGUUAUAUAAUGACACCGUCUUACGAUUAUCCUAGUCACUCGACUCUACCAUUUCUCCCUUAUCCUCCUUCUCCUAACGACGAGCAUAAAGUCCGCCGUCAGAGACAGAAGGACCGUCCAUGGGAGCGAGAGCGAGGAAGCAAAUAUGGAGCAUAUGCCAUGGACGAUGAACCACGUAAUAAACCCAGUCACAGGUCCUAUGCGCUACAUGGAGGCUUUUCAUCUUCCGCUCUUGACGGAUCGGACGACAGUUGUUUGGGAGGAUUUUGACAAUAGAUGACUAUGCAGUGAGGCAGGCGCAUACCAACAUUACGACUUUAUGUACUCGUAUACCGCCUAUUACCCAUGAUAAUGGCGCUUAGAUUUUCCCUGUUGUACUCUGUACUCAAGUAUUCAAAUUGAUAUCUAUUGCAGGAGCGU